AUGGAACGAGCCGAUUCAAUUGCACAAAAGCCGUACAAACGUGCCACUGAGCAGCGGGUCAAAAACGGCAAUUAUCAGGCGAUAAGCUAUGGGAAACGAACAAGGGGCAAAGUGGUGAGCGAGAGUGGAGAAAUCUCCCCCCAAAAAGAGGCGGAGUCGCUGAGAGUGACAAAGUGCAAAAUUUGGGAAUCAUUUCGUGGAGAAACCUCACGUAUUGACAUUGUUCGUCUCUUGUUUUUUUCUAUUUCAUUGGAUUUUGGGCUUGUUUAUUUGAGCCGCGAUUCUUUAGCGAUGACUAUUGAGGAGAUCGCUCAACACAAGCGAGCACCCGAACAUCGGGUCUUCGUCAACCGGUCACUUCGAUUAGAAAAGAUCAAGUUCUUCGGUUUCGACAUGGAUUACACACUUGCAGAGUACAAAUCUCCCGAAAUGGAAAUCCUUGCCUUCGAUCUUACCUUGCAGAGACUGUGUCACAUUGGAUAUCCAAAGGAAAUCCUGUCUUUCAAAUACGAUCCUAUCUUCCCCGUUCGAGGUCUUUGGUUUGAUUACUUGUAUGGGAAUUUGCUGAAGAUCGAUGGCUUCGGAAAUAUUCUGAUGGGCAUGCACGGAUUGAAAUUCUUGAAAACGCAGGAUAUCGAGGAAAUGUACCCAAACAAGUUCAUCCAAUUGUCCGAGACUCGAGUUUUCGUCCUCAACACGCUCUUCAAUUUGCCCGAAACGCAUGUCAUCGCUCAACUCGUUGAUUAUUUUGAUAAACAUCCGGAUUUUAAACAAAAUGCGGAAAAGACUGGUAUCAAAGGAGGUGACAUGUUGAUGUCCUACAAAUCGAUCUUUCAGGAUCUCCGAAACGCUGUCGACUGGGUUCACAUGAACUCGACAAUGAAGUACACGAUUAUGGAGAAUUUGGAAAAAUACGUGAAGAAAGACCCGAGAACGGCUCAGAUGCUCGGUGGGAUGAGAGAAAGCGGGAGGAAGACGUUCUUGUUGACAAAUUCUGACUAUGAAUAUACAAAUGCAGUAAUGACGUACAUUCUUGGCAAGGAUUGGAAUUCAUUUUUCCACUUGACGAUCGUCGAUGCGAGAAAGCCGAGCUUCUUUGCUGAAGGGACCACAUUCAGAGAGGUUGAUCCAUCGACGGGAGCCCUCAAGUUGGGAGUUCACACCGGCCCAUUGCGAGAAGGAGUUAUCUACUCUGGUGGAAGCUGUGAAGCGUUUAGGAAAAUGGUGAAAGCCCGUGGCAAAGAUGUACUCUAUGUGGGAGAUCAUAUCUUCGGUGACGUUUUACGUUCAAAGAAGACGCGUGGUUGGAGAACAUUCUUGGUGGUUCCCGAACUUGAUCACGAGCUCUCCGUCUGGACAGAGGGAAGACCACUUUUCGAAGAGCUUGGUGGUUUGGACAAUCAACUCGCCGAUAUCUACAAAAAUCUGGAUGCUUCGGCUACAGUGAAGCCAGAGAUUCACAGUGUUUUGCAAAGCAUUCGAAAAAUCUCACACGAAAUGGAUCAAGAAUAUGGUGUUCUCGGGUCGCUCUUCAGAUCCGGUUCAAGAACGACGUUCUUUGCCUCACAAGUGAUGAGAUACGCAGACAUCUAUGCAAGCACAUGUCUCAACCUCGUUCACUACCCGAAUUUCUACUUCUUCAGAGCCCCAAUGCAGUUGAUGCCUCAUGAGUCGACCGUCGAUCAUUAUUCCGUCCUUCAGACUGAAAAAGCGGCACAAUUCAGGCGACAAGAUUCCGUUGGACAUCAAGUCCGCGGUUGGUCCAAAAAGACAGCCACUGAGAACGAGUAUUUCCCAGAAGAAGAGGAGGAAGAUGUGAGCAACGAAAGUUCGGAUAUCGAUGAAUUGCACUCGGCCCGCCGACCGGAAAAGUCGCCGUCUGACACUGGACUUCAGCAAUUAGAUGGAGAAGCGGUCUGUGACACCGAUGUCGUCUCGAUGCCACCCGCACAAGUUGAUCGCGAUCACCUCAAUCGUGUCUCCCAA